AUGGAUGUAAGUCGGGAGGUGGAGGUGGUGGAAUCGUGCAUGGUGACGCCCAUCGAGCAGACGCCAAGCCAUGGCCUCUGGCUCUCCCCGAUCGACCUCGCAAUUGUCAGUAGAGGCCUCAUCCCUACCGUCUACUUCUACAGCUCCAGCUCCAGCUCGGGCGUCGUCGAUGACUUCUUCGACGUGACCAGGCUGAAGCUGGCGUUGGCCAAGGCUCUCGUGGCCUUCUACCCUCUCGCCGGCCGUCUCAGCGUGCAUGGCGACGGUCGGGCGGAGAUCGACUGCGCCGGCCAGGGCGUGCUCUUCGCCGUCGCUCGCUCGGAUCUCGCCGUCGCCGACCUCGUCGAUUCCCAGCCGUCGCCGGAACUAAGGAGGCUCUUUGCUCCCCGCGUUGAGGACUUGCCGUCCAUCAUGUGCGCCAUUCAGGUGACCUUCAUGGGAUGCGGUGGGGUGGUCUUGGGAACGGCGCUGCACCACGCCGCCGUCGACGCCCCAAGCGUGUUCCACUUCUUCCGGACAUGGUCCGCCUUCUCCAGAGACCGUGAUGGACAUGUAGCCGGGCCCGGGGGUGCGGCGCUCGAGCUCCCGUGCCACGACCGUACCCUCCUCCGCGCGCGCACACCGCCCAUGGUCCACCCCGACGCUUUCACCGUGUUCUGCCCGAAGCUAAGCCUAUCCGAGACGUCGGGCAUCGGCCCCGUCGUCAGCGAGAUUUUCGCCGUCUCCAAGGACCAGGUUGCCGCUCUCAAGCGUGCAUGCACCAGCAGCGGCGACGGUGGCCGAGUGAGCACGUUCGUCGCCGUGAGCGCCCACGUGUGGCGGUCCAUGUGCGCCGCGCGCCGGCUGCCACCGGACGCCACGACGCGGCUCACCUUCCCGGCCAACGUCCGGCGCCUCCUGAGGCCGCCGCUGCCGGCCCGCUACUUCGGGAACGCGAUCAUCACCCUGGGCACCGCCGGCAAGGUCCGGGACAUAGGGUCGGAGGAGCUGGCCUCCGUGGCCGGCCGGAUCAAUGGCGUCGUCCGCCGAAUGGACGACGAGCUCGUGCGCUCGGCGAUCGACUACUUGGAGAUGAACGGCGGCAAGCAGCCGGCCGGCACCCUGCCGGAGACGGAGCUGAGGGUGUUCAGCUGGCUGGGCAUGCCGAUGUACGACGCGGAUUUCGGGUGGGGGAAGCCGCUCGCGAUGCACCGCGCGUUGGAGGAGCGCGGCGGGAUCGUCUACCUCAUGGACGGCCUCGGCGGCGGCGUGCGCAUCCUCGUGUCUGCGGAGGCUGCUGUUCUCAAGGACUUCCAGCGCCUGCUAUAUGCCAUCAUCUAGUUCGGAAGCCUCCCGUCGAUCGUAUGCACUCUCGUGCAUACUAGAGCUGAGUAAAAAAAAAAUAACCAGCUGAUAAGCUUUCGUUAUGUACCAUUAUCUAUCUUCUUCUCAUUUUUUCUUUUCUUUUGGGAAACAUUAUUC